UGCAGCGGCCCGUCACUCCGCAAGGCCCGGGGCCCGCCCACUCCAACCUCGCUCCUGAGCUCCUUCCUGCGCAGCCUCCGCCGGGGAAGUGCGGGGCUGUCUGCGCUCUUCAGGCUCAGCUCCAGUGGCGAGUGCGCACAGUCUACGGGGCUCAGGGCUCUGGGGUGCCGCUCCCUCUCGGCCCCCAGCGGGUCGCCUUUUAGAAAGCAGCGGCGGCGGCAGCAGCAGCAGCAGCAAGUCUCUCGGUUGUAAUUGCAACCACCCCGACUUUGCGUUCCAGUUGCAGCUCCUCUCGGGCAACAUGUCAAAAGGCGCCGCCGCUCCAGCUGCCGCCACCGCCGGCGGAAGAACAGCAGCAGCAGCAGCGGCGGCCGCGGGCGCACGGGGCCAGUAAGCGCUCCGGGCCGGGCGCCUCGCGGUCAAAGCUCGCCCCGUCGGCGAUUCCCACCCGGCCACCCGGCCACCCUCCGCCCCGCCAUGUGCUGAGCCAUGCCUCUCGCCGCGCGCGCGGGCAGCGCAUGGGGCAGCGCCUGAGCGGCCAGCGGUCCUGCCUCGAUGUCCCCGGCGGGUUCCUGCCGCAGCCGCCCCCGCCCCCGCCCCCGGUGAGGAGGAAGCUCGCCCUGCUCCUCGCCAUGCUCUGUGUCUGGCUCUACAUGUUCUUGUACUCGUGCGCCGGCUCUUGCGCCGCAGCGCCGGGGCUGCUGCUGCUGGGCUCCGGGACCCGCACCGCCCACGCCCCGCCAGCCCGGGCCCCGGGCCCCGACGAGACCCCCUCCAGGUGGCCGCUCCACGCGGCGCCGGCCACCCCCGUGGCUGCCGACAAGGAGGAGGCGGCCGAGCGCGCCGCCAGCCUGGAGGAACCAAGUCCCGAGGCGCCGGACGUCCCCAGCCCCAUCUCCAGCUUCGUCAGCGGGUCUGGCAGUAAGCAGCUGCCGCAGGCCAUCAUCAUCGGGGUGAAGAAGGGCGGCACGCGGGCCCUGCUCGAGUUCCUGCGGGUGCACCCCGACGUGCGCGCCGUGGGCGCCGAGCCCCACUUCUUCGACCGCAGCUACGACAAGGGACUCGCCUGGUACCGGGAGCUGAUGCCCAGGACCCUGGAGGGGCAGAUCACCAUGGAGAAGACGCCCAGUUACUUUGUCACCCGGGAGGCACCUGCCCGCAUCUCGGCCAUGUCCAAGGACACCAAGCUCAUCGUGGUGGUGCGCGACCCGGUGACCAGGGCCAUCUCGGACUACACGCAGACGCUCUCCAAGCGGCCCGACAUCCCCACCUUUGAGAGCUUGACGUUCAAAAACAGAACUACGGGCCUCAUCGACACGUCGUGGAGCGCCAUCCAGAUCGGCAUCUACGCCAAGCACCUGGAGCAUUGGCUGCGCCACUUCCCGCUCGGCCAGAUGCUUUUCGUGAGCGGCGAGCGGCUCAUCAGCGACCCGGCCGGCGAGCUGGGCCGCGUGCAGGACUUCCUGGGCCUCAAGAGGAUCAUCACCGACAAGCACUUCUACUUCAACAAGACCAAGGGCUUCCCCUGCCUGAAGAAGGCCGAGGGCAGCAGCAAACCCCACUGCCUGGGCAAGACCAAGGGCAGGACCCACCCCGAGAUCGACCGAGAGGUGGUGCAGAGACUGCGCGACUUCUACCGGCCUUUCAACUUGAAGUUCUACCAGAUGACCGGGCAUGACUUUGGCUGGGACUGAACUCACGAAGGGGGAGGGGGAGGGGGGGAGCGACUGUGUUUAUCUAUGGAGAGAGAUUAUAUGUAUGUAAAAUGUACAGAAAUCUAUUUUAUAAUAAUUUAUUUUUUAAUUCAUAAGCAAUUAAUUCACUAAGCUGCCUAGCCACACUCUUUAAAAAGAGAGUUAGCUUCGUAAUCUGUUAACAUUCCAAAGUGUUCCACUCUAAUAUUUUGGUCUUUCUUUUUUUUUUUCAUCAUAGUUGAUGGUGCUUCCAUAUGCUAUUUUUUUUUCUCGACACCCAUUAUAUUUGAAAAGAAGAAAAGCACAAAACUUGAGAUUUUUGUUGUUACGGGUAUUCAACCUUGACAUUGCCCUCUGAGUCUCUUUCUGUCUUGGGUCUGCCACAGCAAACUGUAAUCUGAGGGGUGGGCCUCAUGUAGCAGCCUCCUUGUUGAUGUGAUGCCAUUUUCAAGGGUUUCGACACAAAAUCAAAGCAAAAAUUUCCCCCUAAGUCCACUCUGUACCAGGUGGAAUCAUGACCUUUGCAGGAACUUUUACAUCUAGUUAGAGUUUGUAUACCAGGCUCCCCUUACUCCCUUAAUUUUUUUAUCUUUAUUUAUUUAUUGGAUUGAGACAGCCAGAAAGUGAGAAUAAGGGGGAGAUAAAAAUGGAGAGACACAUGUAGGAUUGCUUCACCACUUGUGAAGAUUUCCCUUUGUAGAUGGGGACUGGGACCUCAAACCUGGGUCCUUGGAGCCUCAAACUGGGUCCUUGUGCAUUGUAAUAUGUACAUUCAACCAGGUGAGCCACUUCCUGGUCCUCUUUUUUUAAAAAAAUUUUUAAAGAUAACCCUACAUCCUUUUCUGCCCCAGGCCCCAGUUCUUGAACCAACUUAAAGUGUAUGAAAAUGUGAGGCCCCUCUUUCCCAGGUCACAUGUGUGAGAGGCUUGGAUGCUGCUUUAGAAAUAAAAGACUAAUGGGGUCGGACAGUAGCGCAGCGGGUUAAGCGCGUGUGGCGUGAAGCGCAAGGACCGGCCUAAGGAUCCUGGUUUGAGCCCCCGGUUCUCCACCUGCAGGGGUGUGUCUUCAUAGUCGGUGAAGCAGGCCAGGCCUGCAGGUGUCUAUCUUUCUCUCCUCCUCUCUGUCUCCCCUCCUCUCUCCCAUUUCUAUCUAACAAUGUUGACAUCAAUAACAACAACAAUAAAACAACAAGGGCAACAAAAGGGAAUAAGUAAAUAAAUAAAUAUUUUAAAAAAGAAAUAAAGACUAAUCUAUCUCUUGUAAUUCACAUGCUCUGUCUUCCAGUCGGACACUUCUGUGUUGACACACCAAAGAAUUCCCUAGGUUGCACAAACUGAGAAUGCCUGGCUUUAAAAGGUCCAAAAAAGCUCUGAUCCCAUACCCUCAACACCUGCCAAGGUCCUGUUGUUAGGUGCAGAACCAACCCAUGUCCAGCACACCCCAGUUGGUAGGGUAACAGACUUUAUGGGGGUAAAAAAAUUUUUUUUUCCAAAAGGAUAGACGGCCUGGCAGAAGAAGGGAACUUCUGACCCACUCACCACCUCUCCUGAUAAUCUGGAAUGCUUCUUGACAUUCUGAGCUCAUCUCAGAUUGAAAACAUGGCCUGCAAGCCAACAGCCAAUGAGAACCAGGAGUAUAAAGACAGACACUAGGAAAUCUGACCCCAGGUUGACUGUAAGCACUUGAGGCUUAUGCUUAUGGAACUGUCCCUAGUUUUAGCUUGUUUACAUCCUGGCAGAAGGCUUGUCAGCAUUAUUGCUACUCAUGCAGAAAGCUCUCCCCUUCUGUUGAAUGAGCUCUUAGAGACCAUUUAUCAUGGCUAGCUAGUAACAGCUGGGUCUCUGUCUAGCAAUAUCCCAUAAUGAGAGACUCUCUUUUUCUUCAAGUCUCUAAGCCAGAAUGACUCUGCCAUAAAAUAAUUGGUAUUUGAGUUAUACUCUCAAGUAAUAUGUGAGAAGAAAGAUAAACAUUUCAUCAAAAAUGGUUGGGCUGUUAUGUUUACCAGGUAGACUUUCAUCCUGUGUUCUGUGGAGUCGCUCGCUUACCCGAUGGCCUAAGGAUGCCUGAGAAAAUGGUCAGAGACCAUUUUUGAAGGAUUGAUCUUUGAAGGAUUUCCAGCGGAUCCUCUGGUGUGUAUUUGCUUCCAAGUGUUAGCUGAGAUCUAGCUAGCUCACACUUCAUAGCAAAACUCUCCUUGUGUAGGUUCUGUGUAGGAUUGGGGUGUGUGUGUGUGUGUGGGGGGGGGUGGAAUGGACUCCUUGCAUUGCUCAGAUUUUCAUUCAAUUCACAGCUCUCUUACUGACUCGAACCAGGAGUGAUGAACUUGCUCUUUGUACGGGCUUUCCCUUUCUGCUGCUCAGAUGUUAAUGACACCUCCAUCAGGGUGCAAACUAGUUGUCCACCUCUGCAGUUAGAAGGCUCAUUUGAAGUGAAGCUGAGGACACAGCUCCUCCUUGUUACAACAUAUCACUCCAAGUAUGAUUCAAACUCCCGUCCCCACCUGAAUCUACCCUUUCUUCUUUCUGCCUACUCACCCGCUCUGACGCAGCACAUGACACAGUGGCAGCAAAACUCACAGAUGACUAUGGGGGCUGGGGACAGUGUGGUAAUGAGAUGGGCAUGAAUUGUCUUUUAUCCCUUUAGGUUCAUGCUGUCUUUCUAAGCUGGCUUUUUUUUUUUUUAAUUAUUUAUUCUUGCCUUAACAAAAGCUGAAACAGGAAAUAUUCAGAGACAAGAAGGGUCAUUUAGUCAUGAACACUGAAAUGGAUCAAGAUCCUGUCCUGGGUCAAAUCUCGGGAUCCAAACAGAUGUCAAUAAUUAGCACUGAACAAGAGCAAGAUUUUUUUUUUUUAAGUAAUACAAAUAAAUCAAACUUCCUGUGCAUUUCGAUUCCGAAAGGCCUGGCAGCUUAUAGUUCACCACUGAUCCACACUGAUCCAUAGCCGUUAUGUGACGGUUCUUAACUGAACAUGGGUCCAUGAUCUUCCUCCUCGUGUAGCCAGGCAAUGAGUCAAAUUAAGCCUUGGAAUCUAUAAGGCCACCUAUGUCACUUUUAUAGCUGCUAGAAGACAAACACCAUUUCAUGUUUUGGCAAUUUGUCCUAGCACAUGUCUUGGGUUUCUUCCAGUUUACAGGAAAAAUGCUCUCUGAUAGUCCUUGGAAUGCUAUAUUGCACAUCUUUUUGGUUCGCUCUUAAGAGUGAACAAAAAGUCAAUAAACUAUCAGAGGCUUUUAUUAUCCUUAUCUUUCCCAUGAUUGCUUCGAUGUGUUUACAGAGUGUGCCGUUCACUCGAUAGUUGGUUCUGGGAAAGGCAUUUAGGUAUAGUGACUGCAUAAUAAAUAAUAGGAUGGCGAGAAAGAGAGAUUAUCUUCAUCAAGGGGGUUCUUUUUGGGAGCCAUUUUGAGUGAGAGAAGCUUUGGAGAAACACAGUUGUAGAUCCUGCCAGAAUAUUCCCCUAAGGAAAACGGGAGGUUCUGAUAAGCCGAAAAUGUCUAGUAUGUACUAAAAUGCUGACACAGAAGUGAUUGUCUUUUCUUUUUUCUUUUCAGUUUAUCUACAAGGAUGGUC